AUGGAGCUGUACCGUGUCAACGAGCAAUACAUUCAGGAAGUUGUUGACGCGUCACGUCGGAUCCUGCAGACUGUGCUGGAUGACCUGGUUCCCGGCGAUCUCCUCAAGCACGCUCCUGUGCGGACAUGCUUUCGGAUUCUGUCUGGCAUGAUUUUCAUCCUAAAGACAUUCACCCUUGGAGCCAAAGAAGACGAUGUGCGUGUAUCGCUGGACCUUCAGGAUCGAACGGUGGAAGCGUUAAGGACAUGUGUCGUCGAUGAUGUCCACCUGAGUCACGCCAUUGCUCGGCUGUUGGAAAUGCUUACGACCAGCAUUCGCACCCGAUUCCUGCGAUUUGCCCCGUUGGACAGAGGUGGUGAUGGUGACGGCCAGGAUCGCACCUCCGCACCGGUCUCCAGGCACCAGUCGCCGCGUCCUCGCGACGGCGCCCAAGGCCGUCGGGAUGGAUCGAACCAUGCAUGGACCCCUGCUCACAGCGCAGCACAGAAUAUUGGCUAUGUUGAUGGCAAUAACCAGACGAGUACCACAAUGGGAUCAGUGCAUGAUCCUCUGGCAGCCAUCCCAGCGCAGCCGAUCAAUUCUUCAAAUAUUAAUGUCUCAUUCAUGCCACCACCGCCGUCGGUGUACCAUAAUUACUAUGACCCGCACACGACACCUCCCGCCGGGGGAAUGGAGGGCUCUAACGUUCCGUCGCAAUCGAUGAACGAUAAUUCCGGCACCUCCGGCGGGCUUCCGGACUGGUUCGCGCUCCCGCUCGAUCAAUUCUUCAACAGUUCGACGGCUGUUGUUGAUCACGGCCUCGGAGGAACAGGGCCAAUGGUAGGCGAGUUUGACAUGCUUGAAGUCCUGCUGAACGAGCAAUAUGACGGCACGGGCGACGGCCUCGAUUCAGCAGCGCGCGAGGGUCUUCCGUCCCAGUUCCUGCAGUCUUAG